GAUAAACUCCAGUUAUCGAGCCUUUACCACCGCCACCAACCAGCAGGCGAGUGUUUGUGCGUAGUAAAUUUUAAAAACAUUGUUUAUCGGCGUUUAAAGGCAAGGUGGUUUGCAACCUCUAAACGAUAAGCAGCAGCCGACGGACCAACUUGGACCAAAACACGUGCAGCGACGCAGCAAAACAAAUCUUAAAUUCACGUUGCAACAGGUGAACUAUACACACACGGCCGCAAGAUGGGAAUGGUACAGAAGCGCAAGAAGAUGCACUAUGGCGACACUCACCUGCAGCGCCGGUGGCGCGUGCGCAACCGCCGUCGCGACCUCGACCAGAUCGACGACGACAUGCGCACCAGAAGCGCCGAGCUGAUCAACCAGAACGUGGACCUGGAGAAGCCCGGCUUUGCCCAAUUCUACUGCGUUCAUUGUGCCAAGUACUUUAUCGAUGACACCGCCAUGCAGGCGCAUUUCCGCACCAAGGUGCACAAGCGACGUCUCAAGGCUCUGGAAACGGAGCCGUACACCAUCGAGGAGUCGGAACGGGCCGCCGGCCGGGGAAGCUUCGUCAAGGCCAAGAAGCGAACAAUGGAGACACAGCCAACCAAGGAGGAAGUAAUUGCCGGCAAGCGCAUCAAGGUAGAGGAAAUUCCAUCAACAGUCGAUGCCGACGACAAGCCAUCCACAUCCAAGGCGAAGCGCAAGAGGGAAGAGAAGAUGGAAACAUAGUCGGGAGGGGGAUUAACCAGGUAUCUACCUAGAUUAAUGUGCAACCUACUUGGGUAACCGCGUACUCCAGCCUUCCCUUUCAACUCUGUUCUAUAGAAUGUCAAACGUAUGAAUAUAUUUUCGCUACUUCCCAGGAAGUAAAUAAAGAAGCUCCACUGACUUUCCUCGGUAUAAA